GAGCCAAAAAUAAGAUAUUAGGAUGUGCAAAAAGGAUUGUAAUAAUAUGAACGCAAAAAAUAGAGUAAUAUUUUUUUCAAGAGCAAACGCCGAAGAUAUGACUUUCGGGUCUUGAAGUCUAAGCGCAUCCCUACUCUAAAUUACAACGAGAGCGACAAGCGGAGCUGAGACAUAGAUAACACAGUUAUCUACGUUGCUGUUCGCUGUGUAAUUUUCAGCGCCCCAUUUUUCUCGCCGACCUCGAAGAGACGACGUCGAGAACCGACACGGGAGCGCGAAAAAACAUUCAGAUUCCAUUUUGACCCGAUCGAGCAGAAGUGCAGGCCAAGCAAUUGCCAGCAAGGAAAACCCAAGUAGUUCAAAUUCAAUGAAAAUCAUCAUUCCAGCAUUUUAUUUCUGAUACAACAUCGAAUAAGUUUGCGAAGCAGAACGUAUGAGAGAAUUAGCCGAAACUAAUGCACAAUGUUGGUUGUGACACGGCACGUGGUGUUGAUAAGCGCUCUAACACUUUUCACGACUAAAAUGGAUAGUGUGGGACUCACAGAUAAGAAAUGGUGGGAAACUACAUUAGUUUAUCAGAUCUGGCCUAGAGGGUUUCAAGAUAGCGACGGCAACGGCGAGGGUGAUCUGAAGGGCAUUAUUAAUAGACUCGGUUAUAUCCAGGACCUCGGAGUCGAGACUAUUUGGUUAAGUCCCGUUUACUCUUCACCACUGAUUGACUCGGGCUACGAUGUCUCCAAUUAUACGGACAUACAUGCUCUAUUCGGCGAUUUGAACGACUUUGACAAUUUAGUGCGGGAAUCACACAAGCGUGGACUGAAAGUCAUUCUGGAUGUUGUCCCGAAUCAUUCCAGCGAUCAGCACAAAUGGUUCCAGCUGUCAGCAGAAAAUGUGGAGCCAUAUACCAACUAUUACAUCUGGGCUAAUGGGAGCACCGACGGCAAAAAUAUCCCGCCGACUAACUGGUUGAGCACAUAUAGCGAUGAAAAAGGAUCUGCAUGGACGUGGCACGAUGGUAGACGACAAUGGUAUUACCAUAAAUUUCACAGUUCCCAACCGGAUUUGAAUUUGAGAAACGAGAGAGUGAUCAAGGAACUAAUGGAUGUAUUCAAAUUCUGGCUGCAAAGAGACGUCGACGGCUUCCGGAUUAACGCAGUGCCAUAUUUUUUUGAGGACGAAGACUUGCGAGACGAACCUCUUACAGGAAAUGGCGCUUACACUUACGGUCUUCCCGAAAGCACCGCUCUCCUUUACAGAUUUCGCGAAUAUAUCGAUGACUGGGUGUCAAUAAAUAAUGCCAUGUCGAAAUUAUUAAUCGCAGAAUCGUACGAUUCCGACGUCAAUUUAGUGGAAUAUUACGGCAAUGGCACGCACGAAGGAAUUCCACCAUUCAAUUUUAAAUUCAUUACGCAUAUUCGCAAUAGCAGCAAAGCUGACUAUAUUAAGAAAGUCUUAGAUUCGUGGCUCCAACUUCUACCAAUAAAUACUAGCACCAACUGGGUGCUUUCGAACCAUGACAACUCAAGAGCAGCUUCAAGAAUUGGCCUCAACCGAAUGGAUGGUCUUCAUAUGCUCAGUCUCCUCUUGCCCGGACAAGCGUACACGUAUUAUGGCGAAGAGAUAGCUAUGCUGGACACGAAGAUACCUUGGAGCAGAACUAUUGAUCCUAUGGGUUGCUCCAAAGGCGAAAAGGAAUUCGAGCGUUUCUCGAGGGAUCCGGCGAGAACUCCCAUGCAAUGGAAUUCCGCAGAAUCAGCUGGUUUUUCGACAAACGACACCACAUAUCUUCCUGUACACUCCAAUUAUAUUCGUAGAAACGUAGAAACACAGCUGAGAGAAGAGAGAAGCAAUCUGCAAACGUACAAAAAGCUAGCUGCUCUCAGGAGGAAGUCCGUUUUCACGGAUGGGAAUCACGAAUUCGCCAGUUUGAAUAAUGAUCGCGUAUUGGUGCUGAGAAGAUUCCUGGAAAAUCAUCCGGUAUACAUUGUCGUGAUCAAUCUGGGAAUUCGACAAGAAAUGGUUAAUUUAACUUCGAUAUAUCCCAAUUUGAAGGCCACUCUAGAUACCGUUGUGGCUUCCAGCAACGCACUUCACGUCACAGGGACUAUAUUGAGGGACAACUUGAUAUUAACAGCAAAUGCUGCACUUGUGUUGAGAGGCGAAGAAGGAGAAAGGACGUCUACAUCAACUACAAGCAGCACAUCAACAAUUACGCCCAACGUCACGGAUGAAAAUUCCACUACACCCAUUACAACCGAGUCGACUGUUCCCACCAAGGGAACGACCUCCGACGAUACGACAAAGAAAAGGACUUCGACGACCAGGAAGCCGGAAGAGAGCACAACGAAAAAAAACAAUCGUGCAGCACCGUGUUUCCCGUCUGUGCUACAUGUAGCAAUGAGCCUCGUGAUAACUGUGAUAAUAUCGUGCAGAUUUUAAAAGUAUAACUUAGAAGAUAAAUAUUUGUACAAUAAAGAUUACAUAAGCAACGACAGAUAUCCGAUUAUAUUCCAAUUAAUUUUGUUACGCGUUUCUUGCUGAUCGAAAUAUAUUAUAAUACAGAAA